AACUAAAAAAUUGAGCACAAAACAAGCAAAAGAAAGAGCAGCAUGUCCAAUAGCCAAGCUUCUGGCAAUUAAAAUAAACUGAAGAAGCCCAUAGAUCUAGUUCAUGUGCGACACGGGGCUUUUCUAUCUAAGUUAAGAACUGUUUAAAUGUGGGGAAAUGACAAACGAAUGAAAAUCGGACCUAGUUUUGUCAGCAAGACGCAACCAUUUGAUUCAGUAUCUGCAAAUACUUCGAGAAGAACGCACGCGUUCAAAACAAAAACCCCUUUCACAUAAAAGGAUAACAAUUGAAAAGGAUUAAAUCGCGAGAAAUCAUGAAACGCCUUGCCUGUUUGAAUUUGCGCUCCGUUGGCUUAAGCAUAGCCUGUUUGGAUGCCCUAAUCGCAGUUUGCGUUUUGAGCCUCUCCAGUUAUCAUUUGUACUAUGAUUUCAUGGACUUGACGCAAUGGCAGCAAGCCGAAGUGCAGAUUACGAGUCCUUUUGGCACAUUUGUCGCUACGUUGGUGGAUUAUGUGCUAGUGCACGAAUUUAGUCAGGCUUUCUAUAUGAUACUAACUGUGACUGUGUGGGUCAAAGCAUUGAUAAAUCUGAUUGUGGCUUGCAUUCUAGUCGAUGGCAUUAAACAGCGACGACUCGUCUGCAUUGCCCCCUGGUUAAUCAAUGCGUGUGCCUCAAUGGUCGUUGAGGUUGCCGUCUUCGUCUCCUUGGAGCUGAAGAUUGACGAAGUGGAUGCCUCUAUAGACCGACGCAUAGCACGCAGUGUUCUGUUUGGCGUUUUUACAGUACUAAAUGCGCUCUUUGCCUAUGGAAUUUAUGCGCUUUAUCGCAUGCUGAAGACCUCGACAAACGAGAAUCGUGCGCUGCAGGAGAGCAUUGUGGAGACGUCGGGUAUGUUUCAGCAUAUCAAGGUUUAAAAUGUGACAAGUGACAAGCAAACUUAAAUUGGCCCUCUACAGAAAGCAAACUUAUUUAGUUGGAAUCUCGAACAAGAGGCAUUUUCUUAAUCCAAUGUACAAGCAUUUAUGUAAUGUAACAAAUAAAACGAAACACAAGCAAUCAUAACUUA